GUUCACUUUAUCGAAGGUUUUGAUGCUUGGUUUUGAUGCAAAAAUAUGGCAGAAGCAAAGAAUUUUCUCUACGCUUUUUGUGGAAAACGGAAAGUAAAGCCAACCUACAACAAUACUAAUACAGCGGACGGUCGCUUUCAAUCGCAGGUAAGCUAUCCUGAUCAAAUAUUUGCGACGAGUUGUGUUAAUAAAUUCUCUUUAAAUAACUGCUAGCUCUGAUCAACUCCCGUGUACAGUCUCUCAUCAUUUCUUAUCAACUUUGAACUGCUUCAAAUUAUAAUGGCAACUAUUUUUGCCUGUGGGAAUACUGCAGCUAUGCAAAAACUGGCUUUACAGUUUGUAAUUAUUUAUUGAGAUUUCGAGCACUGAUAAAACGGAUUUUACUACAUCCCGGGCGUUCUUUGUCAGUGCCCGCGAUCACAAUUAGAAUUACCAGCGGUUGAGUUCGCAACUCAAUAUUCAAACAUUUUCAACCAGAUAAAAAAAGAUUAAAACUUUUUUAAAGCACUUUAGAUUUUAUACCGAUCCCAAACACUAACCGGCCUAACUUUUAAGAGUUAAAAAAGGAAGGAAGAAAAAAAUUACAGGAAAUUGAGAAAAAGAGCUAAAUCAGAUAAUAAAUGUUCGGCAUCGAUCCCGACCCCGACUGCGUUUCACUUCCGGUACGCAGCGCCUUUACCGCUUGAGCUAACGACAAACUUGGUAAAGAUUACCGCAAACAAAAGUUUUUAUAUUGCUACAAAAUACGAAAUAACUCCCGUCUGUCCAGUCACUUGGUUAUUUUUUAUUUGAACUGCUAUAAAUGUUACUAGCUCAUAUAAGAUCUGUGAAAUUAGUGUUAAAACAUAAACAGUUUUGUCAAAAAAUUAAAAGGCAAUAUGUCUGGAUCAAAUAAACUGACUAGAAGCAAACUGAUAUCUUGAAAUAUAGAUUAACAUGCUGACAAACUGUUACAGUUUAAUCAGGUUAUAAAUUCACAUCGAGUAUUAUAUAAUUUAUAUUUGGCUUUUAAGAUGUUUUCUUUCAAACAUUGUGAUUUCAGGAAACACUCGAUGUUAUCAUCAUAUACCGCUGAUAAUACUAAUUGUGAUCGCGGGCACUGACAAAGAACGCCCGGGAUGUAGUAAAAUCCUGAUAAAACUGAUAAUCUCACAUGUGAGAUUAUUUAUGAUAAUUUAUUUUACAAUUAUCGCUUUUCCGUUUAAAAAAAUAUCGCUUUUCAAAGACUGUUCUUUUUAUAAUAAACAGAAAAAUACAUGGAUGCUUGGAAAUACCAUGGCCAGAUUUAUUUCUCGUGUUGAACAUGAUAUCUCACUCGUUCGCUGCGCUCACUCGUGAGAUAUCAUGUUCAACACUCUAAAUUAAUCUGGUAUUUCCGUGCACCCAUGUAUUAUUCUCUCUAUAACCUUAAACUAUCCGAAGCAUUGUAAAGUAAUAUUAUUUUUUGUUUUACCAGCUGACUAUUCCAGGUUUCGAGUACACAUCUAAAGGUUUUUCACAGAACAAGAAAGAUGCAGAAAGUGCUGCAGCGAAGGAUUUUUGUGGUUACUUGAUUGGAGCAGGUCUAGUGCCUGCUGAAUCUUUGCCCGAUAGCGUGUUUGCGGAUGAAAUGAGUGCGCCAGUCCCGGCAUUACCUGCUACGGGUGGCCCAGGACCAGUUCAACAACCAUCGCCACAGAUGCAACGGCAACCAAUGAUGCAACCAUCACAAUCAUUUGAUGGGCCGCAACAGUCCAACUUUGGUGGACCUUCCUCAUUAAUGAAUGGUGUGCUAUGAUAAUACAAUAAUUUGUUCAUAAAGAUUGCUUCUAAGCUGAUAACUGGUACCAAGGCUUCAAAUUUGAAUUUUCCAGCAGUAUCCAACUGGAUACUAGCAACUUAAAAUCUGGUAUCCACCCAGAAAAUCUAGUAUCCCACAUUUGAAUAAUAAAUUAUUUUUGUACUGUGACCAGAAUUUUUUUCAGUAUUGCUCAGGAUACUGAACUUGUGAUUCCAGUAUCCAAAUUUAAAAUCUGGAUAUCGGAUAAUGAUUUUUUUAAGCUUUCUAAAAUCGGCUGUUGAUUGGUGUAAUCCAGAUUAACUUUAGUCUUUAUAAAUUAAAGUUCUCACACACUGCUGUGUAGCCGCCCUGCAGCUAUCUGUCUCAAUGUGUGACUAUUACAGCUAAUACAGCUUUUUAUUGGUUACGACAACCCAAAGGUCCCCAUACAAUAUAACUAACAAUAAAACCCACAAAUUACAAAGUUUGGACUUUUGUCUUGUUCAUAUCCAGCUAUUAAUCUGGAAGGGGCAGGUGUGUUUGGUCAAGAAGCAAUGGCAGACGCAACAACAGCAGGGCGCAUAUCCAUAGUUUCACAGCUUUUCAAGCAGUUUUAGAAAGUUUAAUAACUAUCUGGUGGAUAAUGGUAUUCAGCCUUUGUAAAACCAGCCCCAGGGUAGUCAACUUCAGUAAUGUUGUCGACCAAAUACAAGACUACAGCAUCUAAUCGAAUGAAAAGAAUUGACAUUAGUUUCUCACUCUGACAAUUGCUAGUUGACCAACAUCUGACAGUGAUUGUUUGAAUUUUUUCUUGUAUGUGUUUAGCUGCUCGACCUCCACCAAACUUUCAAAGUGGCGAAAGAAACUAUCACUACAGCAUGUACAACAAAAGACAGUUUGAAGAGGUUAGUAAAGAGCGAUUCAUUUGAGUGUUGUUGACAUAGUGGGCCUGUGGGGGCAACUCCACCCCCCCCCCCCCAAUAAUUUCUGAAAGCAUUUGAACUUAGCUAAAUAAGUAUGUAACAAAGCUGUGACAAUUAUAUUUCAGCCAUGAAAGCAUUGCUAGGCUGUAAAGUAAGCCAAAGAUUGCAUGGAAUUUAAGACAACAAAGAUUUUUUGUUUCAAUGGACAACUUGCAUGUUAGACAAAUUUUUGAUCUUGGCAAAAAAAAGUAAAUUCCCAUAAAGAACUUAUUAAAAUUAGUAAAAUUGCAAAAUUUGGUUGCAAAAUGUUGUAAAAUACAGAAAAUAUAGCCUUGCGAAGUUUGCAUAUUUUCAGUAUGUUUGUAUUAUGUGUGGAAAUUGUUACCACUUUUGAGCCGAAAAUGGUAACAAUUUCCGCACGUAAUACAAACAUAUAUAAAAUUUGCAAACUUUGCAAGGCUAUAUUUUCCAAACUUUACAACAUUUUGCAAUUGCACAAUUGCACAUUUUGCAAUUUUACUAAUUUCACGAUGUUCUUUUUAGCUGUGGUGUUUGAUUCCCUUCUCUUUACUUAGAUUAAAAUUUAGUCUAACAUGAAGUUGUCCAUUGCGUGUGAGACAAGCCCUUCCAUCAUUUUGACUUAUUAUUUUAUUAUUUAAUAUUUUUGAUAGGCUGAAGAAGUUGAUUUAAAUGCACAUCUUCAUGGUAACUGGACUGUUGCUAAUGCUAAGUCACGCUUGCAUCAAUAUUUACAACAGAACAGAUGUCCAGCAGAUUUUAAAUACUCGACUGGAGGCCCAGACCACAACAGGUUUGUCCAGUUCAUAACAGGUUCCUCUACAUCCUAACUGGUUUGUCCAGAUUGCAGCAGAUUUAAUUCUUACUUUGUUUUCUCAUAGGCAUUUCUCAUGUGAGCUCGCAGUGUUUGUUCGUUCACACAAGAGAAGUAAGCACAACUUAUGCACUACUACAAUACCAUAGUACCAUAGUUUAUAUUCACUUUACGUGUCUGUAUUGGGCAGUUUUGAUAAGGGCAGCAGAUGGUUUUCAACUCAGAAAUGUCUACACUUCAAGAGCAAGCAAAUUAAACUGCAUCUUUUAAUUUUUAUCAUUUUCAUUCAAACACUACAUAUGGUGAAAAUUAAUUGAUAGCUGCUGAUUGACAGAGUUUGAAAUAACUGCCUGUCUACCAGUCAAUUCUAAGCGAUUUUCACAAAUGUCAUGCAUAGAGAUAGCUUAACAAGCUUCUGUUGGCAGGGAUGUAACUACCUGAAAAAUACAAGGAGAAUUUCAACGUUUUUCGAGUGGAGGCCCUUUGUCUGGAGUUACUAGUGGAGAUAGCUUGCCUGUCUCAAGUUGAGAACAUGCCAAUUCUCCAAUUGUAUUAACAAAUACACAAAUUGUCACCAUGGACUGGUAAAACAUUAGGAACAUUUCUAACCUUGGUUGACCACCACCUGCUGCACAAUAGCACUUGGUGAAAACCAACCAUUGCUUAUACUUGCUGUAUAUUGUGAGAAUACUGACAAGCUUGCAAUAUUUUAAAUUUCUAGAUAUAAAAUCCAAAGAACUUGCCUCGACAAAGAAACAGGCUGCACAGAAAGUAGCUUUAAGCUUAGUGAGGCAGUUGUUUCAUCUGGGAGCCAUCGAAGGCGCUGAACCUGGACAGCUACAAGCAAAGAAAUUGAAAUCAGACGAGGUUUGCAGGGGUAUUUUAGGUUGUUGGGGGUUGGGUGGGAGCUUCCCCCUAAAUUUCAAUGGAGUUUAUUUGUCCCCUCUCAAGUCCCCAGACACAUCUAACCCAAUUCUAUUCUGAGGUAACUGUGGCCAUUAUUAGGAAUCUGGAAUGUCACAGUUACUGGACAAACAAACCAAAUUUAUUGAAUAGAGAUGCUGCUUGAUAAACCUUAGUCUUUCACUAGAUUACUAGGCAACUAAGGCAAGACAUUUGUGCAGGAAAUGGGCAAUUCCAGCUGUGGUGGAAUUGUGGUGAUGGAUUUUGUUCUUAGUCUAUAAACUAAAUUUUGAUCUGGGCAAGAGGAACAAAAUCCAUCACCACAGCUAGAAAGAGCAUGUUAAAAUGAGUAAAAUUGCAAAGUUUGGCCGGGAAAUGUUAUAAAAUGCGGAAAAUAUAGCCCUGCGAAAUUUGCAAAUUUUGUAUUAAUUUGUAUUACGCUCGGGAAAAUGCACCACAUGUGGGCCGAAAGUGGUGCAAAUUCCCGUGAAUAAUACACAUUAAUACAAAAUUUGCAAAUUUCGUAGGGCUAUAUUUCCCUCAUUUUACAACAUUUCGCAACGAAACUUAGCAAUUUUACUAAUUUUCAACAUGCUCUUUCUAGUUUCUAGCUGUGGUGAUGUAUUUUGUUCUUCUUGCCUAGAUCAAAAUUCAGUCUAUAGUAUCUUUCGCUAUUUACAGCUUGAUCCAAUUGAUGUUGGUAUUAGUCCUGAGUUGGAAGGUCAGAUCACCACUUUGCUGAAAGAUCUUAGCAUUGAGCCUGUUCCAGAGGUAGGGUUAUGUAUGACUAUCUAUCAUCAAAGUCAUCUUUUUCAGUCAUGUGUACUUCAAGCAAAAAAAGAUUCCAUUUCCACUUAGGAAAAUUUUCCGCAGAAAGAACAGACACAAAUUUUCCGUCGGAAAAUAAUUUUGAAGUUGAAAAUUUUCAACUUUUAACAAUGUUGUUUUCGGAACAUUUUCUGUCCAUGGAAGUUUUUCUUGAGUGCAAGUGGACCUUUAUGAACCACAAUCUUUUGUCCAGAGUUUCAGCUCUGUUCCUGUCCCUGUCCUGAACUAAGAUGAAACUCUGGGAAAAACUUGUAUUGAUAACUGACAAGAAGAGUGAAGAGAAGCAUUCUUUCCAAAAUAUUUAUUCAUGAUGGAACAUAAAAUUGUGUCAAAUAAUAGUAAUACUCUUUGACAACUAACUUGAUGUACUCUAAAGACAUGGUGGUUAAGGUUUUGCUCCUGGUUCAAUUUGACCACCACUUGUUCUUUGAGUGAAUCUUAUGACAUGAAUAUCAUUCUUUUAUUGUUGGCUGAACUGUGGUAAUGAAAGUGUGCAAGUACCACUAAUUCAGCCAGAAUAGCCUUUGAAGCUGAUCACCUUCAUAACAGGCUUAUUAGCACGACAAGAGAUUCUGUCAAAACACUGCAAUGGAAAAAGCAAUAUAGAAAUGAUCUUUGCAGCUGGUCCGAAAACUCUUAACACAACAAUAGUUUGGAGAGCAAGUGGAAUGUCAUGUUUUCUUGUGUUUGUCUUGCAAAUCCUACAUUUCCCAUGCUCCUCACACAUUGUUCUCAACUAUUUUUGACCAGCUGCAAUGGACCUGUUAGACCUCCAGUUUAAACGUAUCAUUUCCACUGCAGUGUUUUGAUGGCUAUCUCUUUAUUGUAGAAUAUCGCAAUUGUGGACACAAUUUUAUGUUUCAUUAUUUCUCAAUGGAAACAAUGCUUCUCUUCAG